GUCAUGAUCUCUCUGCCUCACUCUCUCUCAUGGAGUUUCUUUCACUUACUGGUUGCCUUUCAUCUCUCCCACCAAUCCAAAACCAUCCAAAAUCUCACAAAACCAUCUCUGUACUUCGAAGAGGUCCCCUCCAAAGCUACCUUCCCAUCUCCAAAACCACCUCUGAGGCCUCCCUUUCCCAUCAAAACUGCUUUCCUUCUAUUCAAAAUACAGACAUUUUGCAUUCCCCCACCAUCCCUGAACUCAAAUCAUGCCUCCCUCAUUCUUCCUUUCCUGAAGACCAUCUUUUAAUCAGACAGACGGAGCUUGGUGUGGAAAUUAUGAUUACCCAUCUUCUAAAUCGCCUAGAUAAUCGCUGUUCAGUCCACAAAGCAGUUUCUUUCUUGCAAAAUUCUCUGAAACUUCAACUGCCCUUCGCUUUCAUGGUAGUUUCUGCUCCUUUCCCCUGCAUUGCCACUGAAACCAGUAUUUCCGCUGAGCAGGUGUCGAAUAAGAUCAACCUGGAAUCAGUUCUAAUUUCAAUUGACGAUUUCUUCAACCGAAACCCAUUUUUUGUGGCCGGGGUUACAUUCAUUUGGCUUGUUGUAAUCCCUCUAGCCCAAGAAUAUCUAAGGAAAUUCAAAUUUAUUUCUGCCAUUAAUGCCUUUCGGAAGCUCCGAGACGACCCAAGUUCACAGCUCUUGGAUAUUAGGGAGAAACAGAGUCUGCUAAAUUUGGGUUCUCCUAAUUUAAAUAUUUUGAACAAGAGAGUUGUCCAGGUCCAGUUCUCUGAAGGAGAGGAAAAGGUUUUUGUGAGGAAGUUAUUGGAAAAUUUCAAAGAUGCAGGAAAUACUACCGUCUGUAUUAUUGACGAUUUUGAUGGUAAUUCCAUGAAAGUGGCUGAACUGUUGGUCAAGAAUGGUUUCAAAGAGGCUUAUGCAAUAAAGGGUGGGAUCAAAGGCAAGAAUGGGUGGCAGGAAAUACAGGAGACCCUUCUCCCACUAUCCGUGCAUGUUCUUCCAAAUAAGGUGGGUAAAACAUCACAAAAGCUUGAGAUAAAGGGAAGAGUAAACAGACAAACUGAAGAGAAGAGUCAGGUUCCAUCUUUUACCAGUGCCUCAGAGGGAAGUGAAAGGACAAAAGUUGAACGCACCAAGUCAAAAGAACUCAAUUCACAAGCAAACCAUGGUUCAAACAGAGCAUUAUCACCAUACCCUAAUGCUCAGGUUGAUUGCUACAUGGACCACUCAAAGAAAUGACACAUGGCCAAGUCAAGGACUGACACUUAGCCGAGGAUCGGAUGAGCAAAGAGGCGUCGGCAUGGAACAGCCUCAUUUGACUGCAAAGGUAACAAUGCAUGCCUCAAGUCUCAGGUAAGAGGAGGACAAAUGGCAAAUGCCAACUGAACCUGCCUUGUGCCAAGGUCGGCAUUAAUGGUCCCAAAUUCCACAUUUCACAAUGUGCAGCUUACGUCCCUAACGACUUGACUGUUAGUUGUUCCAUAGGCUAACAUACAUCCCACUACCAAGGAGCACAACUGCACUCCCCAUCACGUAUAUAAAGUCAUGCAACCCAAGGUGAGACUCUCUUCACACUCUCUUGCUGUCAAGCUUUCUAUACUGCUCUUGCUCACCUAAGCUUUUAGUCUCGUAUGGCUAAGACCAACUUGGCCUAACCAGCUUGGCCCAGCCAAUCGCUGCUCUCUCUUCACUGACUUGAGCGUCGGAGUGCCUCUGUGUGUGCAUUGGACCAGCUCAGUUUGUCCAGCUCAACAAUAACUUCAUUUGCUACUCGUCCAUCUCAGAUCAAACAGCAUCAACUGGCGAUAUCAUUUCCUUUUCUUUUGUUCUUUUUUCAUGAUAAUCAUUAUAUUUGUGCAUAGGCACAUAAACAUGUUCCAUCUUAGUUUCUUUUGACAACUAUAGUUUGCUGGUGAUUGAUUAAGC